CAGUCCCUGGAGCAGUUAGGGAAUAAAACAGGAGUGGAAAUAAGAGUAAUCAAAAAAAGUAGGCUACAAUACCAGUGUGCUUGCUGAAUUUCUGAACCUCUAGGAUGUCGCUCCUGGGCUAUACAGCUAUGCUCUUAUGUUGGAUGUGUUAUUGUACUGCAGAAAGAGCUUGUGAAGAACCUCCUCCUAGGAGGAUUAAAGAAGUGCCUAAUGAAAUAUGGGACAAACCUCCCUAUCCACAUGGUACUCAAGUAACAUAUGGAUGUCGGCCUGGAUAUAUAAAACUUGGACGAAUUGUGUUUGAGUGUGUUGAUGGAGCAUGGAAGCAAUAUCCACCAGGGGUAGAAUGCAAAAAUAAGCCCUGUGGACAUCCUGGAGAUAUUGAGUUUGGUUCCUUUGAACUUACCAGUGGAAGUGAAUUUGUAUUUGGUGCGAGAGUUGAAUACAGAUGUAAUGAUGGAUACUGGAUGCUCAGCCAAAGAAAUUACCGUGAAUGUCAGGCAGAUGGAUGGAGCAAUGACAUCCCUCACUGUGAAGUGGCAAAGUGUUUACCUGUACAAGCACCAGAAAAUGGAAGAGUAAUUACAACUGGUGCAUUUGAGCUAGGCCAAGAAUAUUCCUUUGGCCAGGUUGUGAAUUUUGAAUGUAAUGCAAAAUACCAGCUUGUUGGAUCUAAAGAAAUAAUUUGCUCUUCUAACGGAAAAUGGAGUAGCGAUGUGCCUCAGUGCCAAGAGAUUAUCUGUGAUGUACCAAAUAUUCAGCAUGGAUUUAUACGUUCUCCAAAGAGGUCUUACAAGGAAUCUGAAAAGCUGCCGUUUGUCUGUGAUGAAGGGUAUACGUAUGGUAACACAGCAGAUGUACGAUGUACUGAAUCAGGAUGGACUCCAACCCCCUAUUGCACUGUAAUUCAGUGCUCUCCUCCAAGCAUUCCCAAUGGGAGCUUUAGACCUCAACGCAACAGCUACAAAGAACGUGAUACAAUCACAAUACAGUGUGAUGAUGGAUAUCAAAUUACAACAACAACUGGCAGAAACACAGCUGAAUGCACCAAGAAUGGCUGGGUGCCUGAUCCAGUUUGUACCUGGAAACCGUGUGACUAUCCAGCUAUAGAAAAUGGCAGGUUGAGUGAAUCACUGGAGUACGGCAAAUACUAUUACUUUCCAAUGAGGCUGGGGCAGCACGCUCAUUACCGCUGCAACAAUGGUUAUUCAACCCCGAGUGGAGAAUACUGGGUUCAAAUGGUCUGUUCUGAAAGGGGCUGGUCUCCAAAGCCAAAAUGCCUCAAAAAAUGCUAUGUCAGACGUGUGGAAAAUGGUUAUUUCAUACGUAGCUGGCAGAAUGCUUACAAUGAAGGUGAAAGAGUUAAAUAUGCCUGCAACAAUGACUAUUAUACUGAACAUGAAGGUGGGGAAGUCACAUGCACAAAGAAGGACUGGUCACCUCCUCCAAGAUGUAUCCGUAAAAAAAAAUGCCAUAAUGUCAAUUUUGACAACGGUUAUUUCAGCCUUGGAGAGGAAACAUUUAAUUUAUGGGAGGAGACCACCUAUAGUUGUCAUACUGGCUUUGUAACUCCAGAAGGACAAGAAACAGGAGUGACACAGUGUCAAAAGAAUGGCUGGACUCCACCUCCAAAGUGCAUCAAAUCAUGUAAAAGACCUCAUGUGGACAUUUUGAAUUACCACACAAAUAGGACUAUCUUCUUUCCUGAAGAAACAAUUGAGUAUACAUGUUUGGAGGGAUAUCGAACUGCAAGUAAUAUGCCAACUGGUACCACAAGGUGUGGUGUAAAUGGUGAAUGGAGUCCAACACCGCAGUGUCUUGCAAUAGAAUGCGACAUGCUGACACUGCCCAAUGGAGAUUUUUCUCCCAAGGAGGGUAAAUACAAGAAUGGAGAUGUUGUGAAUUUUAUCUGUACAAACAAUUACAUUAGAGUGGGACCUGCCUCUAUUCAGUGCUAUUACUUCGGAUGGUUUCCACCACCACCAGUAUGUAAAGCGAACACCAGAGGUUGUGGACCUCCACCUGAGAUUACCAAUGGAAGUAUUGCUGGUGGCUCUGUGGGACAGUAUCGGCAUGGGGACAGAAUGCAAUAUGAAUGCAACACUGAAUUUAAAUUGAGUGGAUCAAAGGAAAUAGAAUGUGUCGAUGGACAGUGGUCAUCUUCUCCCUCUUGCAUUGAAGACAAAGCGCCAUGUGGAUCACCUUCCUCUAUUCCAAAUGUUGUUCUCCAUCAGGAAGACCAGACCCAGUUUUCACAUGGUGAUGAAGUAAUUUGUGGAUGUAAACAAGGCUCUGGCAAUUCUAGGCAAAUGAAAAUAAAAUGUCUUCAUGGGGAAUGGAAGCCUUUACCUCUUUGUCCUGAUCCUAUUCCUCAGUGUGUACUUCCAAUGAAUGUUGAGCUUGUGCACAAGAGUCAUCUUUCCAAACAAAAAAAGGAGACUAGAUUCCAUAAAGUUAUACGUUACGUAUGUAAAUCGGGUGACAAAAGUAUUAAACUGGCAAGUUGUGUGUCUGGAAAAUGGUUACCAGAGAUUCAAUGUACAGCUGAGGACAGCAAGAGCACAUGCCCACCUCCACCUCAGGUGCCUGGUGCGCAGCCAAUAACAGUUGGAAGAAAUUACAAGCAUGGGAGUAAAAUAGCUUUUUCAUGUCUGAAGAGUUUCCAGCUCGUCGGUUCGAAUGAAAUAACCUGUAUAGAAGGGAAAUGGCAAUCACCACCUCACUGUGUGGAAAGUCCAUGUUUGCCACCAGAACCCAUAGAAUGUGUUGACGUUCCCAGACUGGAAAAUCCAAACUUAAAAAUUAAAAAAGAAGGGAAAAUAAUAUAUUUGGCUGGUGCUAGAUUUAAGUAUGUGUCUCGUUCUGGUUAUGUGUUAAAUGGAUCAUCGGAGAUAACUUGUUCUAUGGGAAGCUGGACCACAGCUCCUACAUGCUUGGAAAUUCCAUGUGGAAGUUUUCCAAAAGUUGCCAAUGCUCAAACUGAAGGCAGAAACAAGGAAAUGUAUGAGGCUGGUGAAACAAUUCGCUACCAGUGUGACGAGGGGUUUCUGAUUGUUGGUUCCCCUGAAACGAUCUGCAGAGAAGGAAACUGGACAGCACCGCCCUUCUGUCAAGAUGUUAGGUGUGGACCCGCACCUGAAAUUCCCAAUGCUUAUAUUACAAGCACUCAACAGGAGAAGUAUCUGCCCGGUGCCAGAGUGCAGUAUGAAUGUGAACGCACUUUUCAAAUUAUGGGUGGAAAUUAUGUCACUUGUAUGGAUGGAGUAUGGUCACAAGCACCAACUUGCAGAGAUGUGACGUGUAAACCUCCUCCAGAAAUUGCUGGUGGUAACGUUCGAGGUAUUAAAAAGUCAAGGUAUUUGCCUGAGGAGAAUGCUCACUAUCAGUGCUGGGAAGGCUUUCAGAUGAGUGGGCCUUCCACCGUAGUGUGUCAGAAUGGGACCUGGACAGAGCUGCCAAAGUGUAGAGGGAAAGGUGGGAAAUGUGGCCCUCCUCCAGCUAUUGAAAAUGGAGAUAUUCUUUCCUUCCCUGUGCGAGAAUAUCAGCAAGGUACAACUCUGGAAUACAAAUGCCCAAAUCUCUACAUCCUGGAAGGAUCCCGGUAUAUCACCUGUACUAACGGGCAGUGGACAAGUCCCCCAGUUUGCCUAGUGGCCUGUACAGCAUCUGAAGAAGACAUGGACAGAAACAAUAUUGAGCUGAAAUGGGUCACAAAAACAAAGCUGUAUUCCACAUCGGGUGACUUUAUUGAAUUUCAGUGUAAAAGAGGAUAUGUGGCGGACCCAGCAUCUUCGCCCUUCAGAGUGCAGUGUGUGAUGGGGACGUUAGAAUAUCCACGGUGCAAUGAAGGAAAGAACUGUACAUUGCAGGAGGAGGUUAUGAAUGCUAAUAAUAUUCAACUACAGUCACCAAGGCCAUCGAGCACUUCCACCUAUCGCUCUGGAGAUUAUAUUUCCUUUAACUGCAAAUGGUCAUACAGCGUAGUUUCACCCACAGAGAAACUUCAUGUAGAGUGCCUGGAUGGAGUGAUUUCAUAUCCUGCAUGUGCCAGGUUAUUCUGAUAAAUGGGAAUGGCAUGAAGGAGCCCAGCUGUGGAAACAAAUCCCUCCACUGACCCAGUGAUUUGAGCUCAAUUUUUCCUGGUGUUUCCCAUCUUGCUGUGCAUUGUUUGCAGCUUAGCCAACGUUCUGUCUUGGAAUUUGUUACUGUUUUUAUUGUUGGAUGAUUAUGUUUACAUUUUCCCCAUGCUAUCCAUUUAUGUAAAUGUAUUUACCUUUUAUCCAUCUGAAUGGUUGUGCUUACAUUUUAUCCAGUCUGUAUUAAUCUCACCGUUACUUUUAUCAGCUAUUGUGUCCCAAAGUAGGCUGGCUUUGGUGGCAUGCUGAAACAAGAAUUAAAGUUCAAAAGUGAUUUCAUCAUUAGGAA